CAAGCCAAGGCAAGGUGGCAUUUUGCAAUUCGGGAGCCAAACGGGGGUUUGCUUUUUCGUUUCUUCGGCUAAUGACGCUUAAAAUAUUCGCAAUUAACGAAUCCCGCGUGCAAAUUUGCCAAAAUUUCUCGCUGGAGGUCCUUACGAUGUCCCAAACAUGCCUGAAUUUUUGGGGGACAAGAUUCGUCCCGUGGAUGGGUGCUCAUUUGAAAAAAAAGUUGCGAUUAUGCGCGUUUCGGUCGAAAAAUCAAAAUAAAUCGAAACGUUGUCGGUUUUCUACGAAACUUUGCAGAUCCUCUAGAUGUAUUUUUAUUGAGGUGCCUGCAAAAAACCAGCUCAAAGUUCGAUUUCUAGGUCGAUGUUUUGAUUCUUCGGUUUCUUGAGUUUUCGACGCGUAAAAAAUUCAUAUUUAAUCCGUCCCUCGUCGGAAAAUUCUAAUUUUUUGUGUGAGAUGUUGUUUUUAUGCCCCUAACAUGCCUGGAAAAAAUCGUGAAAAAAUUCAACCUCUAGGUCACUUUUUCGGGACUUUAUGCCUGCAGGGAAAAUUCACCCAUUUUUCUACAAAACUGGAAAUGGCACAUCAAGCAUAUAUAGGGGGAGCACCUUGCUGGGGCAUGGCUGGGGCUGGCUGGGGCGCCCCCAGGCACUCCCCAACAGGCUGCUCCCCCCAAAUCUGCCCCAUUUUCAUCAAUUUGAGCUGCUUUCAUCAAAUUUUUUUUGAUAAAUUGGGAUCUUUUGAUGAAUUUGGGGGAGAUUUGGUGGGAAAGUGGGGGAAAUCUUGCCGUUCUUGGCCUGGGCAGCCACAGGCCAAAUCACGUCGGGAGGGGAUUCGUGGGCAAAAAUCUCCAGCGCGCGCCCGCGUUGUCGAAAUUUUUGUGGUAGGCCAAAUCUCGCUGGGAGCACGUGCUCGGGCCAAACCACGUCGGGGGGCGGAAAUUCCUCGCGCGCGCCUGCGCACCCGUAUUAUUAAGGUCAUACCGGUUUGGAUUUUUUUUUCGCGGCCUGGACUAGACCUUCCCCUGCCCAUGCCAAGCCAAGGCAAGGUGGCAUUUUGCAAUUCGGGAGCCAAACGGGGGUUUGCUUUUUCGUUUCUUCGGCUAAUGACGCUUAAAAUAUUCGCAAUUAACGAAUCCCGCGUGCAAAUUUGCCAAAAUUUCUCGCUGGAGGUCCUUACGAUGUCCCAAACAUGCCUGAAUUUUUGGGGGACAAGAUUCGUCCCGUGGAUGGGUGCUCAUUUGAAAAAAAAGUUGCGAUUAUGCGCGUUUCGGUCGAAAAAUCAAAAUAAAUCGAAACGUUGUCGGUUUUCUACGAAACUUUGCAGAUCCUCUAGAUGUAUUUUUAUUGAGGUGCCUGCAAAAAACCAGCUCAAAGUUCGAUUUCUAGGUCGAUGUUUUGAUUCUUCGGUUUCUUGAGUUUUCGACGCGUAAAAAAUUCAUAUUUAAUCCGUCCCUCGUCGGAAAAUUCUAAUUUUUUGUGUGAGAUGUUGUUUUUAUGCCCCUAACAUGCCUGGAAAAAAUCGUGAAAAAAUUCAACCUCUAGGUCACUUUUUCGGGACUUUAUGCCUGCA